UGUGACGGUCGUCCUCUCUCCCGUUGGUAAGGAGAUCCAGAAGGCACACCGAAUAAAGGGACGCGAGGAAAGAAAUUCAACGGAGUUUACCGGCCGUAGAUACGUCGCGCGUCGUGCGUAUCGAACCAGGAGGGAAGAGAGAGAGAGAGAGAGAGAGGGUGAGAGAGAGAGAAAGAGAAAGAGAUAGAGCGAGAUCAUCGUACUGGUUCGGAAGAAGCAGGCCGGAGAAGGAGAAGGAGAAGGAGAGAAGGACAGCGGAAAAGAGAGACGGAGAAAGGGAAAUCGGGAAUAGAGACAGAAGCAGCAGCAGACACGAGCGAUCGCGCGCGUGUACACGCGUGUACGUCCCACGGAGUAGGACAAAGGGCACGCGUGGGACAGAGACGAGUGCAUAAGAACGGAGAGAAGAAAACUGGAAAGGAUGCGUCCGAUUUGCCAGUGAUCGAACGUGGGCCUGGUCGUUGUUGCGCUCGGUGCGUGGGUGAAAAGAGCAGUGCUGGAAAACCGACAGAGAAAGAGGAAGAGGAAGAAGAGGAAAACGAGGGGAGGAAGGAAGGAAAAGCGGCGCGAACGGCUGGCUGGGCGGAGGAGGCCACUUCCGGUGGGCGACAACAAGGAGUUGGAGCGACGAAGGGAGUCCCUAAGAGGUUCCGGCACCAUGUUGACAGCGUACAGGGUGUGAUGGGGCCUCGUGGAGCCGGCUUUUACUAUGAGCUGAGGCCUCGUAAUUAAUCGGGACUGGCAUGGAGAAGGAGAACUCCGCAUCGGGCGGAGGUGGCGGGGGCGGUGGAGGUGGCGGAGGCGAAGCGGCGGCCACGGCGACUCCAGGCGCCACCUCCGCCUCCGAGAAACUCCAGGCGGACCAGGCCAAUCCGUUGCUCGAUCCGACUGCGCUCUUCAGCGCGUAUUGGCCACGGGGCGACAGUGCAGCUUCGUCGCUUUUCAGCGGGAUGCCGGGCGGAUAUGGAUUGGGGGCCCAUCAUUUACCAUCGGCUUACGCCAUUCUGGGCCGUGCAGGCUCUGCACCCGGAUUCGGGGGCCACACACCGGCUUCCGCUCCGCCGCCACCCCCGUACUCCCACAACAGCCUUGGUACCCUGAGCGUAGCUGCCAGUCAGGCUGCGAGUUUAGGUAUCAAUCCCGCUAGUGCAGCAUGGUGGACGAUGGCGUCACACUUAGCCGCACAGGACUACCUCGCGAGGUUACAAGGAGCUGCAGGAUUGCCCGGAUUUCCGCCUGGCGCCGAGAGCCUGCUGCCACCCUAUCCUGCCUCUCUACUUAAUCCCCCGUCCCUAUCGUCUCACAAGUCCAGUAAGUCUAAGUCAAGCAAGAGUCACAAGACGCCAGCGAGCAGUAGCAGCUCGACGACGCCUAGUAUGACGAGCAGCAGUUUGCCGGUCUCGACUCAAGCACCGGUCACGUCCUCUCAUCACAGCACGUCGGCCAGCAGCACGCCGAAUUCGCAAACGAACGUUGUCAGUUCUGCGAAAGAGGGCAGCGACCCUAGCAGUAUAUUAGGAGGUGUCCGGCUGCCUCCAGACACAGAGAUUAUCAAGUACACGUCGAGCAUAGUCGGUCCAAAGGUUCCUGGCACAACGAACCGCGGCAGGAAGAAGACUAUAUCCUUAGACACGCCGAGCGUCAGCGUUCAUCCACCGCCGAUACCAGCUCUGAGCGCUCAUCAAACCAACACGACGACGUCGUCGUUGAUGAUGGAGCCGAGAAAGUACAAUCGCACGGGGACCGAGUCGAACGAUUACAGGGAGUCGGUGGAUCGCGUGGAGGUGAUCAAAUUGCCGGCACAUUCGACGAACGGCUCUGUUCUGCCGGCGCCAUCGUCGUACACGACCACCACCAACGCCAGCAAUUCCAACGACUCGGACGCACCACUGAACCUCUCGCUGAAGCCCGCGACGACGAGCAGUAGCUCGCCGAUUUCCGGCAGCCAGCCGCUCAGUCAGCUGAGUAAUUUAAGUCAGUCGUUACUCGCCACCGAUCGAACUUCGAGAAGAAAGCCCGGACCGAAGCCUCGAAGAGUGCCACAGAACUCUGUACCCGUGCCAGCAUCUUCGAGUCCGUCGUUGGCGCAGCUGUUCGCCGCGGCGGACUCGCCGCAACGACCGAGCAGCGGAAGCGAGGAGAGCGAGAGCGCCAGCACGACUCACCACAAAGACGGUCGGCCAAGGAACCUGGGUCGCGGGGUAUCGAAACCGAAGAAGAACACGGUGGCCUCGUUGCUGGCUCAGAGCAGAGCCCUGGGAAUGAAACAGACGACCACCUUGGACCCCAGCGUGCCAUUGUCUCAUCAGGUCUCGUUACUGAGGUCUAACAUUCUGGCUGCUCAGCUGCAUGCCUCCGGACAGAGCGACGACAAGAACCAGCGGUCUUUGCAGGAGAAGAUGAAGAACAAGCUGCUCGAGGUGUCCGGCGAGGAGAGCAACAUGGACGUGACGAGCGAAAGCGGCAGCAACACCGACGUUGUGACGGAUACCGACGACGACAACGCGGAUGGCGUGUCCAGCGCAAAGAGAAGAAAGGUGAAGCCCAGCGAGAGGGAUCUCCAGGUGCCGCUUGAGCGUGGCUGGAAGCGGGAGACCGUCAUCAAAGGAUUAGGGAAGUCGGGGGUGAUAAAGGGUGACGUGUCUUAUUAUAGUCCUUGUGGAAAGACGUUCAGAAGCAGUCCGGAUUUAGCGAAGUUUUUGGAGCAACAGAAUCCGCCCGAGCUAACGACGGCACACUUUUCGUUCUCGUCUCGUCCGCUUGUGGGCGAGUUUCUGCAGCCAACGAUGGGCCUCGCGGAGGCGGAAUUCGUUAGGUUGGGCGCCCAGGAAGUCGCGAGAAGAUUGGAGGAGCUGAGAGCCGCGGGUGGUUUCAGGGACGUGCGAACGAACAAUCAGUACGAGCGAGAGAAACUGGCGUACGCAAAAAAGUUGGCGAAAGAGGAGGCGCAGCGGCACAAGGAGCAGGCUAGGCUCAUCAAGGAGCAGGAGAAAACGGAAAGGCAGGAGGCAGUGAGACGGGAGCGGGAGAUUCGAAAUCAACAGCUGCUCGAGGCUCGGAAAAAACGGCAGGAAGAGGUGGAGAAGAUACGACUGGAAGAGCAACAACGGAAGCAACAGGAACGAGAGCUGAAGCGGCAGCAGGCGGUUAUGCUGAAAGAACAGAUGUACAUGCAGGAGCUCACCAAGCAGCGCGAGAUGCUCUACACCGUCGAGCUGGAAAGAGAACGAAGGAGACAGCACAUGGCGCUGGUUAGAGCACUGGAGAAUCGUCGGAAGAUGGAGGAAAGGGAGAAGAAACGGCUGGAGGCAAGAGCCGAGCGAAUAGCGACGAAAGAGAAGCGCGCCGAGCAGAGGAAGGUAGAGAUGGAACUGAUCGAACAGAUCAGAAAGCCUGUGGAGGACAUGGAGCUAACGGAUCACAGACCACUGCCAGAAUUGAAACGAAUACCUGGUCUGAAGCUGUCCGGUCAGGCGUUCGCUGAUAUCGUGAUGGUUUUCGAGUUUUUGCAUAAUUUUGGCGAGACUUUAGGCUUCGAUAUGGAGUCGCUGCCGAGCCUAAAGAGCCUUCAGCUGGCACUCCUCAACGACGAGGAAGCGGAAGAAGAGCUCUUGUCCGUGAUGACACAUCUAUUAGUAUGCGCAAUCGAGGAUCCAGGAAUCCCUCAACCGGCGAGGCAUACGACAGGUCUUGGUCAGAGUCUGCGUCAAGCUGACAUAACGCACGCUAACAUCAGCGAAGUGUUACGGAUUUACUUAUACGCGAACGCGACCGGAGAGGUGAAAGCUUUGACAGGGGUGUGCCUGGAACGAGAACGUGACAAAAAGUUCGCUGAUCAUCAUCAGAACGGCGGUGAUUAUGCUUCGACCUGUUCGGGUAAAAAUGCCCAAUUUUAUGAGCACCUGCACAACAACGAAACGUGGAAGAUGUCCGAAAGGCUGAGGGACAAACCAUUCUUAGCCUUGAACCCGACGCACAAAGCUCAGAUGCUAGCGUUCCUCUGCAACGAGCUGUUGCAGAACAAGGCUGUGAUCAGACAGAUUGAGGGGAGCUUGGAAACGGUGGCUCAAUUGAGGAAAGAGAGAUUCGUGUUAGAUACAAAGAUUAGAAAGUUGAGGCAGUUACAUAGUCGAAAGGUGCGAAUGGAAGCUGUUGGUGUAAUUGUUAAUAAGACUGGGGACACUAUUACGAUUGAAAAGAAAGAGGUUGACGAGGAGGGUAACACGACGUCGACAGCAGUAGGAACGACACCCACUCCGGAUGAGAUUCAUCAUGAAGAUGAGGUUGAGGAUAUGUCUGAGAACGAGAGCGAAGGAACACAGCCCGAGGAGGAGGAAGAUAAAAAUCUGUCUGGCGAAGAACUUGGUAAAAAAUUGGAUAAAUUGUUGAAACAGUCGGAGGAACAAUUGCAGAAAUUGAAUAGCUCCUCGAAACAGUUACGAGCACAUAUAUUCGGUCAGGAUAGGUAUUGGAGAAGAUACUGGGAGCUGGCAUGCGCGGGUGGCAUCUUCGUCGAGGCAAUGGAGAGCGCAGAACCGGAAAUUCUGGAACUGCAAGCUGAAUUAGACGAAAAGUACAAAAAUGUGUCAUUGGAGAAGAAACCAGAAACGAAGCAGGAGGACACCAAAGUCGAAAAUCGCGAAAAUGAAGCUCCCAAUGACGUAAAGAAGGAAAAGAAGUUCAAUUCCAGUGAACAAGAGGAAGAUGUGAAGCCUGUGGUGGAUAAAACCAAGUCUGAGGUUGAAGAUAUCGGUUGUAAAAAGGAACCUAUGCAAAAUUAUGAAAAUUUGACAAACGUAAAGGAGGAGAAAAAGAACGAUUUGGACAGUCCGAUGACCGAUGCCAAGACCAACGUUACGUCUGAAGAGAUUAAACAAGAAACGGAAGUUGUUAGCAUGGAUGUGGAUAUCAAAGAAGAGACAAAGAAAGAGAACGACGAAACGGACGAAGAUAUGAAAUCGGUGAAGAUGAUGGAAGAUAAGAUCGUUGAGACAAUUCCGAACGGUGACAAGUACAAUCACGUUAACAAUCUUCAUAAUGGAAAGGAGCUGAAUGGCACAUUUAUUUCCAAUAACAGUAAUGAAUUCAACUGGUUCUCGAUUCUACCACGAGAAACUUGCGACACUCCAGGACCAAGUACCAAACAAAUAUUUGGAAUAGCUGAACCGACCGAGCUGAGAAUACCAGUAUUCCCUCCUCCAGCUAGUCCAAAUUACGACAGGUGCGACAGUCCUGCUCCUUUGAUUUUAACUCAAGACGAGGCAGCCCAACUGGAGUAUUUGAAAGUGCAUGGUUUGCCACCUCCUGGUGAAGCUAAACCAGUACCAAGAGACUUGAGAUAUGGUUGGUGGAGAAUAACAGAUGUCGAUACAUUUCAAGAAUUAUUGGAGCACCUUCAUUCUCGCGGCGUUCGCGAGAAGGAACUAAAACGUACAACGUGGGCAACCAUGGAAUCCUUUUUAGCUGUUACGGGAAAGAUCAACGUGGACCCUGGCAAUGUUACUGCAACUGAACUUCAAGCGACGCCCGACGAACCCGAUACACCGGUUCCAAAACCAGAUAACCCAGCAGACUGGAGCGAACAAGUCGCGUUACGUGUGGAUGCGCAGUUAUUGGAACAAGUUGAGGCCCUAGAAGACAAAGUCGCAAAUGCCAGCAUGCAGGUCAAAGGCUGGAAGUUACCUCCACGGGCAGGAACCGAGGAGGCUGAAGAAAUUGAAAAACUAAACGAGAUGGAGAAGAUAAGUGCAGUUGAACAAGCGCGACAAAGAUUAUUGUCUCUGGAAGCUGCUAUAGAAAGGAGAUACUUAAAACCACCAUUAGGCGUUUGUACGGGAGAUCCAAACUUAGCGGCCUUAAAAGCAGAACAAGCGGCUGCUGCAAACGCGAAUUCGAAUAAUUCGGAUCAGAACAGUCAGACCCCGGUACCUCAAGAAGAAACGACUCCAAGAGGACUGAACAACUGGCGGGAGGCAACAGCUCGAGCACAUACAUCAGCUCAGCUCGCUAUGGCACUUUAUAUGUUGGAGGCCAGCAUCGCUUGGGACAAGAGCAUCAUGAAGGCUGUGAGUCUAACACCAGCUAGAAACUCGGUCUGCGUCAAGCUACGAAACCGCUGCGUCUCACUCAAAGCUACCACUCAAUACAAUCAGCUAUUGACUACUUCUCAGGCCUCUAAUUGUCAGUUUUGUCACAGCGGAGAUAACGAAGACAAACUAUUACUGUGUGAUGGUUGUGACCGCGGCUAUCAUACUUAUUGUUUCCGUCCAAAAAUGGAAAACAUUCCUGAUGGUGACUGGUAUUGUCACGAAUGCAUGAACAAAGCAACAGGUGAACGAAACUGUUUGGUAUGUGGAAAGAGAGUUGGUAAAAACUUAGUGCUAUGUGAACUCUGUCCACGAGCUUAUCACACUGACUGCCACAAUCCUGUUAUGCCAAAAAUGCCAAGGGGAAAAUGGUAUUGUUCUAAUUGCCACAGUAAACAACCAAAGAAGAGAAAUAGUAGUCGAAGGAGUCAUACCAAAGGGGGAGGCACCAGAGAAAGUGAAAGUUCUGAUCAUCCACCAGCUAGUCCAACGCCGUCAACGGCAUCGAACACACACGUAGAGGACGUCAGUUCAUCGGAACCGGCAACCCCAACUGCUUCGCCACGGAAGGAGGGAAACAAUAGGACGCUCACGAAGAAACAGCAACGAGAGUUGGCUCCUUGUAAGGUGCUACUCGAACAGUUGGAGCAACAGGACGAGGCCUGGCCGUUCCUCUUGCCGGUGAACACCAAACAGUUCCCUACCUACAAGAAAAUUAUUAAAACACCCAUGGAUCUCAGUACGAUCAAGAAGAAAUUGCAGGACUCCGUGUACAAGUCUCGCGAUGAGUUUUGCGCCGAUGUCAGACAGAUGUUCAUCAACUGCGAGGUAUUCAACGAGGACGACAGUCCUGUGGGGAAGGCCGGACACGGGAUGCGCAGUUUCUUCGAAAUGCGCUGGACCGAGAUUACUGGCGCACCACCUCCACAUCCGCAAACGCAUAGCUGAGGCUCGGUCCGCUCUCGUAACACCUGCAACAGUUUUGCCCACUUCUACUACUAGAGGGUAGAGCCCUCGUCAGAGUAUCACUAGCAGUCGUCGAAGAGACUAAAGGGGAGACCUGUUUCCUCCGUGCUCCGUUGGCCUCGUUCUAGCGGUCGACAGAAUAACUUUAAUUCUAAUAGAGAACAAAAAAAAAAAAAAAAAAAA